AUGACCGCUACCCAAGCCUCGUUGCGAAAUUUGGAGAACCAAGUCGCUCAAUUAGCUUUGAAUCGAGAGAACCGGCCGCAAGGAGCAUUGCCAUCAAACACGGAGGACCCAAGAAAAAGGCAAAACGAGCAAGUACAAGCAGUGAGUCUACGUAACGGACGACAAUUGGAAGAAGCCCCGAGAAAAGAGAUAAAUAAUGGAAAAACAAAGGCGACCGAGGUGGCGGAAGAGGACACACACGUUCAAGGCGAAACUUCAAGGGCGAAAGUUACACCGGCUCCUCCCAUCCCAUACCCACAAAGGUUCCAACCACCGAAGUUAAAUGCCGAAUACCAAAGCUUUCUCAACAAGAUGAAGGAAAUCCGUAUCAAUAUCCCCCUCAUCGAAGCACUCCAACAAAUGCCAAAGUGGGUGAAGUUUGUCAAAGAACUCGUAACAAAGGGACGAAAAUUGCAAGGAAACGAGAUGAUUCAACUCACCGAACAGUGUAGUGCAAUCCUUACGAGACCUCUCCCUCAAAAACUCGGUGAUCCAGGGGCUAGCAUCAACCUUAUGCCUUUUUCUACAUAUAAGAGUCUUGGGUUGGGGGAAAUUGAACCAACGGCUAUAACACUCCAAUUAGCCGAUAGGUCUCUAGUCUACCCAAAGGGGGUUUUAGAAGAUGUCUUAGUGAAGGUUGACGAAUUUAUUCUUCCUGCUGAUUUUGUGAUUCUUGAUAUGGAUGAAGAUAGAGAAAUCCCAAUUAUUUUGGGAAGGCCGUUUUUAGCUACUUCACGUACUGUUAUUGAUUGUGCUAGUGGGGAUCUCACCAUGACGGUGCAUGACCAAACUAUUAAAUUUAACGUUUUUAAUGCAAUUAAGCGGCCGCACAAUUCUAAUGAGUGUUUUUCUAUCGAUUUAGUGGAGUCUUGUUCUUUUGAAAACUUUGAUUCGUUACACUUGGAUUCUUUGGAGGCAUCUUUGGUUGUAGGUAACGACUGUGGAGAUGAAAGAGUGGAGGAGCAAAUUUGUUGGUUAGAUUCCGGUGAUUUUCUCACCCGGCAAAAGUUUGAAAGUUUGGAUUUGGCCACCCUUACCACCCCCAAGGCAUUCAAAACAUCAUUGGAGGAACCACCACAGCUUGAGAUGAAAGAAUUACCCGGACACCUCAAAUAUGCCUACCUCGGUAAGAAUGACACUUUGCCGGUGAUUAUCUCACAAUCUCUAUCUACUUUGCAGGAACAAAGGUUAUUGGAAGUACUGCGGGAACACAAGACGGCGCUUGGAUGGAAAAUUGCGGAUAUCAAGGGAAUUAGCCCUUCAUUGUGUAUGCACAAAAUCAUCUUAGAUGAUCAACAACAUCCGUCAGUAGAGCACCAAAGGCGUCUCAACCCCAUCAUGAAAGAGGUAGUCAAGAAGGAAAUUCUCAAGUGGCUCGACGCAGGUAUUAUUUAUCCGAUUUCUUAUAGCGCAUGGGUAAGCCCCGUUCAAUGUGUUCCUAAGAAAGGAGGUAUGACAGUUAUCCGUAAUGCAAAUAAUGAAUUAAUUCCAUCUAGAACCACAACGGGUUGGCGAAUUUGCAUGGACUAUAGGAAAUUAAAUAAAGCCACUAAAAAGGAUCACUUUCCUUUACCUUUUAUUGAUCAAAUGCUUGAUAGAUUGGCAGGUAAAGAAUUUUAUUGUUUUUUAGAUGGAUAUUCGGGAUAUAAUCAAAUAGCCAUUGCACCGGAUGAUCAACACAAAACCACAUUUACAUGCCCUUAUGGUACUUUUGCAUUUAGACGCAUGCCUUUUGGUUUAUGUAAUGCACCCGCUACUUUUCAGCGGUGCAUGAUGGCUAUUUUCACCGAUAUGGUAGAGAACGGUUUAGAAGUAUUUAUGGAUGACUUCUCUAUUUUCGGUGAUACCUUUGACACUUGUCUUUGCAUGUUGGCUAAGGUUUUGCGCAGGUGUGAAGAAACCAACUUGGUGCUAAAUUGGGAGAAGUGCCACUUCAUGGUGCACGAAGGAAUUGUGCUUGGGCAUAAAAUCUCGCGAGAAGGCUUGGAAGUGGACAAAGCAAAAAUCUCCACAAUUGAAAAUCUUCCGCCACCUAUUUCGGUCAAAGGCAUUAGGAGUUUUCUUGGACAUGCGGGCUUUUAUCGGCGUUUUAUCAAAGAUUUUUCAAAAGUUGCCAAGCCCCUUUGUAACCUACUCGAGAAGGAGACAAAAUUCAAUUUUGAUGGUGAGUGUCUUCAAGCUUUCAACGAGCUUAAGCAAAGACAAUGCAGUGAUUUGUUGGUGCGAAGAUGUGUCCCGGAACAUGAGCAGCAAGACAUACUCUUUCACUGCCAUGGUUCGGAUUAUGGAGGACAUUAUGGGGGCGAAAGAACAGCACGUAAGGUUCUUCAAUCAGGUUUUUUUUGGCCCACUCUUUUUAAAGAUUCGUAUAAAUUUGCUAUUACUUGUGAUCGGUGCCAACGCACGGGCAAUAUUUCGGCUCGCCAUGAACUCCCAUUGAACACGAUGAUCGAAGUCGAGCCUUUUGAUGUUUGGGGUAUUGACUUUAUGGGACCUUUUGUCCCUUCAUUCAAUAACCAAUACAUCUUAGUGGCCGUCGAUUACGUUACUAAGUGGGUAGAGGCAAUAGCCACCCCUACUAAUGAUGCAUCUGUAGUGUGUGCUUUCUUGAAGAAACAGAUUUUCACUAGGUUUGGAGCACCACGGGCAAUUAUCAGUGAUGGUGGAUCGCAUUUCGUCAAUAAACAAUUUGACAACUUGAUGAGCAUAUAUGGUGUAAAGCACAAGGUUGCGCUCGCGUAUCACCCACAAACGAAUGGGCAAGCCGAAGUUACGAACCGCGAAAUCAAGAAUAUCUUGGAAAAAGUGGUAGGCCCAACAAGAAAGGAUUGGUCGAAAAAACUCGAUGAUGCACUAUGGGCAUAUCGCACAGCUUUUAAAACGCCAUUGGGAAUGACCCCUUACCGUGCGGUGUUCGGUAAAGCAUGCCACCUACCGUUGGAAUUGGAGCAUUGUUCUUAUUGGGCGCUAAAAAAGAUGAAUUUCGAUUACAAAGAGUGCAAGGAAAGAAGGUUAUUGCAACUCAACGAGUUGGACGAAUUACGAGAGCAAGCGUACGAGAGCAAUUGGUUAUACAAAGGCAAAGUCAAAAGGUGGCACGACAACAACAUCUUGCACCGUCAAUUUCAAAAAGGGCAAGAAGUUCUCUUGUUCAAUUCACGACUUCGGUUAUUCCCGGGAAAGCUUAAAUCAAGAUGGUCGGGGCCGUUCAUCGUUCAACAAGUCUUUCCACAUGGAGCUAUAGAAAUCAAGGACCGCGAAUCGGAACGAGUAUUCAAAGUAAAUGGAAAUCGACUCAAACACUAUUGGGGAGAUGGUGGCGAACGUCAAGUGGCCGUGGUCACUUUUGCUUGAAAUUAAAGAAGCAACGUCC